AUGGAUGGCGAAACCUUUCCUUUCUCUCUCAAAAUACUAUUUAAUUGUGUUUUAAGAGUGAGUAAUACUCAAAGAUUCGUCAAAUAUUUUGCCUUGCUCAACAUUUUUUCUCUUCAUUUAGGAAUCUUCUUCACAUCCAUAGAUCAACGUUCAAAGCAAAUAAGAAUCAGGACCAAGUUCGUUUUAACCUCUCAAUUUAGCAUUCAAGAUUCAGUAGACACACCUCUUAGCGCUUAGCAACACAACUUCUAAUACUUAAUCGAAAUACUUUAAGAAUCUAUCUUUUCAGCUUUAGAAAUAGGAUCUAUCCCAAGUAAUUGUGAGUCUCUUUUAAUUUAUUUGUUUUUAAUUUGGAAAUUAUUAUAAAAAUAUUGA